AUGAGCUCCGGAGGUAUAGGGUUGAAUGGAAGUCAGGGUUUGCUACUGCACAGCGGAAAGGACAAAGGAUGGAGGAUGAAGGAUGGAGGUUGGAUGGAAAAUGUUGUGCAGUUGCAGAGGGGAGGUUAUGGAGUGGAGGCCUUCAUGAAGAAGCCACCAGAAAUCCGGAGUGUUGAGGUCUGGAGAUAUAGGGAGGGGCAGGAAGGAGGGCUGGCAAGGACCAACAAGAUUCUGGAGACUUGGAUGAACAGAGGGUUUUCCAAGUCCUACUGCUGGAGAGUGUGGGAAACACUUUCUGGAGGUUUUUGCUUUCCAAAGCCUGAAGGCUUAGUGGUGGAAAGGCAUAAAACGUCAGAUGAGGAGAAUGAGGAUGGAAGUUGGUCAGGAACUUGCAUGGGACGUAGCAGUCAGUGGAGUCCCUAUCCCCCCUUUAUGGGAGACAUCUCUGAUAGUUUAGGACAAUACAUGGAGAGUACUCUGGACUGUGGGAAAGGGUUCUGGAGCGGAAGUAGACAUGGAGUGGAAAUAGGGGUGUGGAGUGGAAAAGGAUGCAGGAGUGGACAUAAGGGCAGGGACCCAAUGGAAACAUUGUCAGAGGAAAACCAAACCCAAACACUUGGCAGAAAACUAUCAUGA